CCAGUUUCAGGGUUGUAAUUUGCAAGGUAAUAAUGGUCCUGCUAACGCUGAUUGCACGUGUGGCCGAUGGUCUGAUUCUUGCUACUUCAAUUGAGGGCAGCGAUGAACCGGAUCAGAAUAUGGUGAAAUAUACUAAUCAGGCAAAGAUGCUUUUUCGGAAGCUGAAUGACAACAGUCCAACUAUACACACUCUUGAGAGUGGACCUUAUUAUUUUCACUACGUGAUCAAAAGACCAGUCUGCUCAUUAUGUCUUUGUGACAAAAAUUUUUCACGAAAAUCCGCCUUUGCAUAUUUGGAAGAUGUCACCGAUGAAUUCCUUGGUCAGAAUGGCACCCGCGUAGCAUCUGUCACUAGACCAUAUCAUUUCAUUGAAUUUGAUUACUACAUACAACAAGCAAAAAGAAAGUAUGUGGGCAGGAGUCGUCAUGCAAUAUCUGCAGUAAGUAGUGAGCUUCAAGACGUGACGCGCAUAAUGGUUUCAAAUAUUGAGGAUGUAAUUCAUCGCGGAGAAGCAUUAAAUAUUUUGGAGACAAGGGCAAAUGACUUGUCGGAUAUCAGUAAGAAGUAUCGAGAAGAUGCGAGAUUGCUUAAUCGGAAGAGUACAUUAUUCAAGGUAACCGCGCUUAUUUUCUUUCUAGGUUUUUUCGGUUUUGUUGCUCGUUACUUAUUCUGGUAGCUACUCAUUGCCUUUUAUUAUUUAUUCGCUUUGUUAAUGUUAUUUCCUCCUUUCCUUUUAAUUUACUUUUCUUUUGCUCAUAUUCUGCAUAUUGUCCUUAGCAAGAAAUAUAAUUAACACGAGAUGAAGAUACUUUCUACGAUCUUUCAUGCAGAUGGGUUUCAUCGAAUUCCUCAGUAAUUGAAUUAACGAUGUCCGACACGCA